CAGCUCCAGGGCUCCUCCCCGGACGCUGCCGGUUGCCCUGGUUGGUGUUGAUGUUGAUGUUGUGCCUGGCAGCACCGGUAACAUGCACGCUGCAGCUGCCGCCGAGUGAUCGGGACACCUGGCCCGGGGUGCGGCAUCACAGGUAGCGCUGUGCCCAGUGGCUGCUGCCGGUACUGGUUACGGUUACUAUCAGAAUGCCGCUUCCAACCGCAUAACUGAGAAACAAAGCAGAUUGUCAAUAAUGCCAGGUCUCACAUCUUGUUUACUUGAGCAGCUAGUCCUAGGAGGGAAUUUGCGACCAAAUUUGGAUAACCGCAGGUGCAUAGCCGUGCACUGUAUAGGAAGAAGUCUACUGAAACCAGCUGACUGGAGUGUAACAGCGGCAGUAACAGAGCCUUUGUAACUGUGACAUUUUGUUCCUAAGAAACUACAAGACAGCUGCUUGUCCUCACUCAUGGAGCUACAAUUAAACCGCGUGGAUUACCUGCAGGUAGGGGUCACCUCUCAAAAAACAAUGAGAUUGCUCCCAGCAUCCGGACGAAGAGCAACUCAAAAGGUGGUGGUUGGAGAUGAAGAUGGAGUUGUUACCUGCUUUGGAAUCAAGAAGAGUGAGGCAGUGCCAGUUUUCAAGACCUUGCCAGGACAGAAGAUCACACGGCUGGAGCUCGGAGGUGCACUUGGUACAGUACAAGAGAAGAUUUUUGUGGCUUCCGGAUCUGAAGUCCGAGGUUUUACGAAGAGAGGGAAGCAGUUUCUAUCAUUUGAAACAAACCUAACAGAAAGCAUCAGAGCUAUGCACGUGUCCGGAUCCGAUCUUUUCUUGUGUGCAAGUUACAUUUACAACCAUUACUGCGAUUGCAAAGAUCAACACUACUAUUUGUCUGGGGAUAAAAUUAGUGAUGUCAUUUGCCUACCAGUGGAGAAGGUGGAGCGUAUCACGCCGAUAUUAGCAUGCCAGGAUAGAGUGCUUCGUAUACUAGAGGGCUCUGAUCUAAUGUACGAAGUUGAAGUUCCUGGUGCACCUUCAGUGUUGGCCUUGAAUGGGGGAAAUGGAGGUGACAGUGGAGAAGAGCUUUUGUAUGGCACAUCAGAUGGAAAGAUUGGAUUAAUUCACAUAGCAAAAGAUUCACCUGUGCCCAAGUGGGAUAUAAUAAAUGAGAAGAAAAGAGGAGGCAUCUUGUGCAUUGAUAACUUUGACAUUGUGGGCGAUGGCGUGCAGGACUUGCUGGUUGGUCGGGAUGAUGGGAUGGUAGAGGUAUAUGGCUUUGACAGUGCAAAUGAACCCAUUCUGCGUUUCGAACAUGCUUUGACAGAAAGUAUUACCUCCAUCCAGGGAGGCUGUGUAUGGAAGGAAGGUUAUGAUGAAAUCAUACUGUCAACAUAUUCUGGAUGGGUGACUGGACUCACUACAGAGCCGGUGCAUCGGGAGGCUGGUCCUGGGGAGAAGAUGAAGAUGAGCCAAGAAAUGCAGACAAAAAUUGCUUCUCUAAGGGCCGAGUUGGAGCAGCUGCAGUUCAAGGUUGUUCAGGAGCGGGAGAGGUACCAGCACUCGUCUCAGUCUACCACGGCGGUUUCAGCAGUGCCCGUGUUCAGUGUCAAUGACAAGUUUACUCUGAAUAAGGAUGAUGCCAGUUACAGCCUCAUCUUGGAGGUCCAGAUGGCUAUUGACACUGUAUUGAUACAGAGUGAUGUUCCUGUGGAUCUGCUGGAUGUAGACAAGAAUUCCGCUGUCGUGAGUUUCAGUGGCUGCAAUAGUGAGCCAAAUGGGAACUUCCUUCUCGCUACAUAUCGCUGCCAGGCAAACAGCACCCGCCUAGAACUGAAGGUUCGCUCAAUUGAAGGACAGUAUGGAACGUUACAAGCCUAUAUAACACCUAGAAUUCAACCAAAAACGUGCCAGGUUCGGCGAUACCAGAUUACACCUUUAUCUCUCCAUCAGAGGAGUCAUGUGUUUGAUCAGAACAGGCCAAUGAAUACCCUGAGCCUGACCGGCCAGUUCAGUUUUGCUGAGAUACACUCCUGGAUGGUGUUCUGUCUACCUGAGGUUCCAGAGAAAACCCCAGUUGGGGAGGAUAUUACCUUCUACUUUCAGAAUACCUUUCUGGACACACAGCUUGAAUGUUCAUACAGAAAAGGAGAAGGUGUUUUCAAAUCUGACAAUAUCUCCACGAUUUCAAUUCUAAAAGAUGUCUUAUCAAAAGAAGCAACUAAAAGAAAGAUUAAUCUCAAUAUUUCAUAUGAUAUUAGUGAGGAAUCCGUCGGCCAUACACUGAGAAUGAUUCAUCCAAAGCUGGAGCACCAACUCCUUUUAGCCAAAAAGGUUCAAUUGAUAGAUGCUCUCAAGGAGUUACAAGUUCAUGAAGGAAACACAGACUUCCUGAUCCCGGAGUAUCGCUGUAUCCUGGAAGAAGCUGAGAAGCUCCAGGAUGAAUACAAGAAGCAGCCAGCACACCUUGAAAGGCUUUAUGGUAUGAUCACAGAUCUCUUCAUUGACAAGUUCAAAUUCAAAGGCACAAAUGUGAAAACAAAAGUGCCUCUCUUGCUGGAGAUUUUGGACAAUUACGACCAGAACGCACUGAUGACUUUUUUUGAUACAGCUUAAAGCCGUUGAGUACUGUGAAUGCCGGCAAUUAUGUACAGUAUUUAUUUUGCCGGUGGACCGCGUCUCUGUGACAUCUCUGUUCUAUUAGUUUAUUCCUUCCUGGUAGUUAAUACUAUUUCAACAUGGUAUUUCUUAUGUUAGGAGCUUUGCUUAUUGUUUUUUUUACUUCAUCUACGGUAUGUAAUUAAACUUAAUUAACAAUACAAAGGUUUAGAGUCCAGCUUGGAUCGGUGUGUUAGGAGCUUGGAAUACAAUCGUCAAGGAGUUUCAAUAACAACAGAGUCGUGCACAGAGUGAUGAAUGGAUUGUUGGGAUCAUACCCACCCUAUUGUGAAAACAACGCCUAUUUUACAAGCUUCACAUAGAUUUCAGCACAGUUAUUAUUAGCUCAUUGUGCUGCAUUUGACUAUAACCGAUAACCAAAAUAAAAAGUGUAGAGCGGUUCUAUUUAA